AUGUCCAAGGGCAAGAGCGAGGGGAAGAGCAAGUACAGGAGGCUACUAAUAAUGGGCAAGUCCACCGGAAAAACUAAAGGAAAAGAGGGGGAGUGUUCAUUAGAAGAAAAAGUUGAUGUUAAACCUGAUUCGGAAUUGUUUCAGUUGAUUGAGGGUAUAAAUAAGAAUCUUACUGGGGUGUUAGGAGAUAGAAUCGCUUCCGACAAUGGCCUUCUGGCAGAACAAAGGUUGUCUAGGAAACAACUCAAGCUUUUCAUAGAGGAAGAACUAGAAUAUCUUGGCAUUGUAUUUAGUAAGCCAAAAAGGGUAAACGAGCCACAACGGAUAUCACUAAAAGUAUCAGCAGAUGUUGCGUUGGCAAUCACCGAAGAAGAAUACAAGGAUGCUGAGCACGAUAUGAAAAUUCUUCAUAAAGCAUCAAACAUUUUACGGAAGGCAGUUCUAAAGUGCGAGAAAUGGACCUUCACUGGUAGUUUUGAUGACGUUAAUGUAGAAGAAGUUGUUCCAGAAGAAUUUGUUUCUGAAACUAUCAGAGGUAGCAUUCCUAAGGGAUACAGGCCAAAAAACCCUGUGCUUAAUCGGGAAACAGCUACUACCGGGAGAAGUGUGACCGAUUUGUGGUCGUAUAAAAAUGAAGAUCUCAUUUGGAUGAUAGCACAUACUUCUUCAUUAUCACCCUAUGUAGAUUCGGACGUGAACGAAUAUCAAGACACAAAUUGUAUUCUUUCAAACCAAGAACAGGAGACACCAACGAAUAACUUGAAGUUUACGAAUGCAGUUCCGAUUUGGUCAGCCUUCAAUUCAAUAACAAGUGAAAAACCAAGGAAAGAAACGAGAAUAUGUGUACUGCCCCUCAUAGAUUCUAGUCCAACCAAAGUAGAAACACAGCUCAGUCUCAUGAAUAAGUUGGAAAAAGUAACGUCUAAUAUUACGCCCGGCAAAAAAACUGUUGUGACUUUGGAUUUAGGAUUGUACAGACAUAUAUUGAAGUUAUCUAUGGCGAAGAAAGAUAUAUCGAAAAACUGGAUUCUUAGGCCAGGAGAGCUACACAUAGUUAUGGCAAUGCUUCGCUGCAUUGGAAGAUUUAUAGACGGCACAGGUUUAGGAACUACGCUAACCGUACUGUAUGAUGAAACUGUUUCUCAAAUUUUGUCUGGGAAGUGUGUACGAAGGGCAAUCAAUGCCCAUACAUCUUUAAGACUAGCACUUUUCAAGUGUGUCUUCGACGAGUUUGUGAAAGAUAACAGUGUUAUAGAAGAAAAUAUUGAGCCACAAUUGAACAAGACCGGAAAGAGAAAGAGAGAUGGCGAGGCUGGCGACGUGUGUCGUAUGCCUCAGUGGUGCGAGAACCCACUUAUUCAGAGACUGCAACCACCUUUCGGCAUGCGAUGA